AUGGCCGCUGUCAGUCAAUUGCCAAAGAUUAGCCAAGAACUGGCUGGAGCUGUUCGAGAUGGUUUGGAGUUGAAAAAAGUUGAGACCAAUGAGAAGAAUGUUCUUCCAACUGCUGAAGGUAUUUUUUGAAGUCAUAUUCGAGAUAGGAUUAAGAUAGGAGAACAUAAAUUUUCAUUCCAAUUUUCUUCUGACAAGAUGUUGAAGAUAUUCCACAUCAUGUCACAGAGCAAUCAGUGAGAGUGAUCAAGACGCAGAGAAAUUCUCCAAUUUAAAAAGAGACCGACUGCCACGUAGUUCACGUUUCUAUUAAAAAUAUUUAUCAUCUUUUUUUUCAAUGCAAAAAUUAGAUUUCCAUGUGAAAAUGUCUGCGUCUCGCUCACUCUCACCGAUUUCCAAUUUUCAUUGAGCUGACAUGUUGUGAUUCGAUCAUUGAUCAAUUUCGAAUCUUAUAUAAGCUGUUCAAUGAUAAUUUCACUCCACACUUAAUCCCAAUGUUUUUUUUCCAGAUGUCGAAGUUGAGAAACAACUCGUCGAAAGAAUCCACGAGAUCGAACAUUUCGAUUCUUCAAAAUUGAAAUCGACUCCAGUUCAAGAAAAAGUUGUUCUUCCAUCCCAAGAAGAUAUUCAACAAGAAAGAACUCAUCUUGAACUCACUGACAAGAUCGUCAACUUCACACCAGAAAACUUGAAAAAGACCGAAACUUCGGAGAAGGUGAGCAAUUUGUUUUGAAUUGAAAAUUGUAUAAAAUCAAAUCAAAUAUGUUUCAGAACGUUCUUCCAUCGCCAACUGAUAUUGCUCGCGAGAAAACUGUUCAAAUGGCUGCAUCUUUUGACAAGGCUAAUUUGCAUCACGUUGAAACCAUUGUUUCUAACGAUGUCAAAGUUUGCGAACAAAAAAUCUGAACUGCUGCUGAACUUAUUGCUAUCCAACUUCUCAAUCCAACAUGAAACUUUAAAAUCAUUCAAUUUACAUGUCAAAUUUCCCUUUAACCAAAAAACAAGAAAUAUUUUCACUUUGUUUUUGCAUUCCAUAUUUAUAAAGCUUUGAUUAUGAAAUACACUUUUUUCAUUCACAUUCAGAAAAUUUUUGCCACAGAGAUUUAUCGACAUUUUCAGAGAGUGUAUGAGCUAUGAGACGCAGAAACCGUCCCUGAUAAUUUGCAGAAUUGAAAAUAAUAUUGUGUGAAAAUGAGAGAAAAUAAGAAAAUGAGCAUUUGGGCCCUGUGAGGUGUCAGAGAUUGAGAGAAACUCAUUAACUAUCAUUAGAUUAGUCACAAGAAAGCGGAGAGGUGAGAAUCAGACAACUUGAAAUGCAGAAAUUGAGUAAUAUAUUGCAGUUUUUCUAGAUUGUACGUAUAAAGGAAAAGAGAUACAGUACAGCACAAAAAUAAAGAAUUAUUAGAAAUUUGUAAAUGUGUGUUAUGAAAUCCAAUAGAUCUUUUUGAAAAUAAAUCAAAUCGAAAACAUGUUUUUGUAAAAAUCAUUCGAUUUUUUUCACAAAGUGCCCAAGUUCUCACAAUUUGUUCCCAAGUUCUCACAAUUUGUUCUUUCAUACUAUGUUGUUCAGCACCUCAAUUAUUAUUGACUCAAACUUCUCGAAACUUGUUCGCUUAGAAAUAUUGAAAUUUCAGUUUUUUGUCAGUUGCAUAUGAAAAAAAUAUUUUCACCUAAAAAACAUAUCCUAUUUUUCCUGAUAUGAAGUUUCUCUCGCAGUGAAUAUUCUUAUUUUACACGUUAUAUUCUCCAUAAAAUAUAUAAAAAUCCUGAAAUUUUGAAAUCAUUGAAGAUGAAUUCCAGAAAUUCUUUAAAAAAACUAUAUCUUCCUCAUUUUACAGAAAACCAUUAUUUUUCAUAAAACCCUUUUCCAUUAACAAAAACAAAAAAUAUGUUUUCUCCCUCUUUCUUUUCGUCUCUCCGCUCGUAAAUCGACACACAAGAAUUAGCGAUGAAAGGGAAGCGCAACGAGACCCAUUUCAGACGAGAGAGUAUGUCUAGGGAGGAGACGACACAUAUUUUUGCGUGGCAUUUCGAUUUCAUUUUCCGCUUUGGAUUUCGCUCAUUUUCAUUGCUUCGUUUUUCAGGUAAUGAGUCUACCAAAUAUGCAUUUGGUGGUGUUUUUGGCGCUGUUUGGUUUGACAGCCGCGUUUUAUUUGCCCGGUUUGGCGCCAGUCAAUUUUUGUGAAGUUGAGAAACCAAAUUGUCCGGUGAGUCACAGAAAAUAUAUAGAAAAAUUGUGAAAUUUAGUGGAGUUUCAAAAUUUUCUGAUUGUGAAUUCUUGUCUUUUAGAAAAACAAAUUGGAUCAUAUUAAAAACAAUAAAACAAAAAAGUAUUUCAUAACUCUUUUCAAAAAAAAAAACACACAAACAUCAAGAGCAAUAAUUUAUGUUUUCAGUCAAAUGUCUCAUUAUUCGUCAAUCAUCUCGACAGCGAUCGUUCAGUUAUUCCAUAUGAAUAUCACAGUUUUGAUUUCUGCACAGCGAACGAAGACGAAUCACCAGUCGAAAAUCUUGGACAAGUUCUCUUUGGUGAACGAAUUCGACCAAGUCCAUAUUCUAUCAAAUUUUUGAAAGAUGAACAAUGUAAAUUGGUUUGUGACACAAAAUCGUAUAAGAAAGGAGAUGCUGAUUCAUUGGCCAAAUUGAGACUUCUUCAAAGAGCUAUGACUUUGAACUAUCAACAUCAUUGGUGAGAUUUUUUAUACAAUUUUUGACAAAAUUUCCCGUAUAUAAAACUAAUUCUUCAGGAUCGUUGACAAUAUGCCAAUCACAUUCUGCUUCAAAAAUCAACAAAAUAUGGAUACUUGCACAACUGGUUUCCCAGUUGGUUGCUUUGUUGAUGAACAAGGUUAUCAACACGAUGCGUGUGUUCUCAAUGUAAGUUUUUCUCUUUUUUUCAAAUUACUUUCAGUAAAUUCUUGAACAAAGUUUUUUUUUCAGCAAAAAUACAGCACUCCAAACAACUUCUACAUUUUCAAUCAUGUCGAUAUUGAAAUCUAUUAUCGUGAUAUGAGCAAUGAUGCCAAUUUCUUGGAGCACAGAGUAGGUUUUAUUAUGAAUUUUGAUAUGAAUAUCAAAAACAGACUAAUUUAGAACAUUGGGCUGUGUAAACAGAAUUGUGAAUAUGAUAUAUUUUGCACUCUUGUUUGAAAUGUUUACUUUGCUGGUGGUUUGGUCUCAACAGUUCAAUUGCUUUCCAAUCUAAUCUAUAAAUCAAAAUUUAUUUCAGAUCGGUGGUCGAAUCAUUCGAAUUGAUGUCAAACCACGGUCAAUUAAACACAGUUCCUCAUCAUCAUUAAAUUGUGGAGAAACUGCUGAACCACUUGGACUUGAUGCCAAAUCUGAAUCUGGUGACAUCACAUAUUCAUACAGUGUUAAAUGGAUCAAGACAGAUAUCAAAUGGUCAUCAAGAUGGGAUUAUAUUCUCAAAUCAAUGCCACACACAAAUAUUCAAUGGUUUUCAAUUAUGAAUUCAUUGGUUAUUGUAUUAUUCUUAUCUGGAAUGGUUGGAAUGAUUAUUAUGAGAACUCUUCAUCGAGAUAUUGAUCGAUAUAAUCGAUUGGAUACUGAAGAAGAUGCACAAGAAGAAUUUGGAUGGAAAUUGGUGCAUGGUGAUGUUUUCAGAACACCGAGAUAUCCAAUGCUUCUUUCGGUUUUCAUUGGAGCUGGAUGUCAAACACUUUUGAUGGUUUCAGUUACUCUUGGUUGGUUUUUUAUUUUGAAUCUGAAUUUUUUUCGAAAGGUUUUGCGAAAAACAAUUAUGGCCAAAUAGAUUAGCGGCGUCUCAUGAAAAUAUUAUCGCCGAAAAAUUAAAUCGAUCUUUUUAAAUCGAAACGUCAUUGACCAGUACUUUGAGAUUUUUAUUGAAGAUUAUGGAACAAACAAAAAAUAUUCAUUUCUGGAUUUUUCAAAAGAUCAAAAUAAAUUGAAGAAUAACUAAUUCAAAAAAUAACAGAAAUCAAAAGGAACUCUCAAAACCAUCAAACAUUUUUUUUCAGUAUUCGCAUGUCUCGGAUUCCUCUCACCAGCCAAUCGUGGAAGUCUUAUCACAUUUGCUCUCAUGUUCUACGUAUUCUUCGGAGUUGUUGCUGGAUAUAUUUCUGCUCGUCUCUACAAAACAUUUGAAGGAAUUCACUGGAAGACCAAUCUUGUUAUGACUUCUUUCCUCGUCCCCGGAAUCCUCUUCACUGUGUUCUUCUUCACAAAUAUUCUUCUUUGGACCAAAGGUUCAUCAGCCGCGGUUCCAUUCGGAACCCUUAUGGUUCUCUUGAUCCUCUGGAUUUUCGUCUCAACACCAAUGACCUUUGUCGGAGCAUAUUUCGGAUUCAAAAAACGUGGAAUCGAAGCACCAGUCAGAACCAACAAAAUUCCAAGACAAGUCCCAGAACAAACUUUCUACACCAAAUCGUUGCCAGGAAUGUUGAUGGGUGGAAUUUUGCCAUUUGGAUGUAUUUUUAUUCAACUUUUCUUCAUUUUGAACAGUAUUUGGUGAGUUGAAAUAGGGAAAAAAGACAAGUAGGAAAGCUUAUUGUUGUAUAUUUCAGGGCUCAUCAAACAUAUUACAUGUUCGGAUUCUUGUUCCUCGUCUAUCUCAUCCUUAUCAUCACAUGUUCUGAAGCGACUAUUCUCUUGGCAUAUUUCCAUCUAUGUGCUGAAGAUUAUCAUUGGUGGUGGAGAUCAUUCUUGACAUCUGGAUUCACAGCAGUUUAUUUGUUUAUUUAUUGCGUUCAUUUCUUCAAUACUAAAUUGACUAUCAGUGGAACGGUAAGUUUUUUAAAAAUAUUUUUAUAGAAUUGCGCUUACAUAACACACUGCACAUUUUGUGAAAAAUUUCUUUAUCAAAAAGUUUUUAUUUCCAGAUUUCCACAAUUUUGUAUUUCUCAUACACAUCAAUCUUUGUCUUCAUGUUCUUCUUGAUGACUGGAACAAUCGGAUUUUUGGCCACUUAUUAUUUCGUCAGAAAAAUUUACGGAUCAGUCAAAGUUGAUUAA